CCCACCUCUCUCUGAUCACUGAUCAUGGAUCUACGCCUCUGAUUCCACCUCACGCCCUUCGUUUUCCAGAUGAUCCUCCCUUGAUCUUCGCCAGUUUCUGCUUCGUCGUAGGUUGAUGGUUGAUUUUACCAAGGCUAAACCAUAAGAGAACAGGGAAUGGCUUCAGUGGGUGUGGCGCCUACGUCAAGUAGGAGAGAACCCAGUGGUCACGUGGUUGGUGUGGAUAAGUUGCCAGAGGAGAUGAAUGACAUGAAAAUUAGGGAUGACAAAGAAAUGGAAUCCACAGUUGCAGUCGUUGAUGGUAACGGAACAGAGACAGGCCAUAUAAUCGUGACAACUAUUGGUGGUAGAAAUGGCCAGCCAAAACAGACAAUCAGUUACAUGGCUGAGCGUGUUGUCGGACACGGAUCAUUUGGAGUUGUGUUCCAAGCAAAGUGCUUAGAGACUGGUGAAACUGUGGCUAUUAAGAAGGUUCUGCAAGAUAAGAGGUACAAGAAUCGUGAGCUACAGACGAUGCGCCUUCUUGACCACCCAAAUGUUGUUUCUUUGAAACAUUGCUUCUUUUCAACGACGGAAAAGGAUGAACUUUAUCUUAACUUGGUGCUUGAGUAUGUUCCUGAAACGGUUCACCGUGUGAUUAAACACUACAACAAGUUGAACCAACGGAUGCCCCUUAUAUAUGUUAAACUCUACACAUACCAGAUCUUUAGGUCGUUAUCCUACAUUCACCGCUGCAUUGGAGUGUGUCAUCGGGACAUUAAACCUCAAAAUCUUCUGGUGAACCCACAUACCCACCAAGUAAAGUUGUGCGACUUUGGAAGUGCCAAAGUUUUGGUAAAAGGAGAGCCAAAUAUAUCUUAUAUCUGCUCUAGAUAUUAUAGAGCACCGGAACUUAUAUUUGGAGCAACUGAGUAUACUUCAGCUAUUGAUGUUUGGUCUGUUGGGUGUGUUCUUGCUGAGCUAUUGCUCGGUCAGCCUCUCUUUCCUGGUGAGAGUGGAGUUGACCAGCUUGUUGAGAUUAUCAAGGUUUUGGGCACUCCAACACGGGAGGAAAUCAAAUGCAUGAACCCUAACUAUACGGAGUUCAAAUUUCCUCAAAUCAAAGCUCACCCGUGGCACAAGAUAUUCCACAAGCGUAUGCCUCCAGAAGCUGUUGAUCUGGUUUCAAGACUGCUGCAAUACUCUCCUAACCUGCGGUGCACAGCUCUGGAUGCCUUGGUCCACUCCUUCUUUGAUGAUCUUCGUGACCCGAAUACCCGCCUGCCGAAUGGACGCUUCCUUCCGCCUUUGUUCAACUUUAAAUCACAUGAAUUAAAGGGAGUGCCUGCGGAAACUUUGAUGAAAUUGGUUCCAGAACACGCGCGAAAGCAAGUCCCGUUCUUGGCGUCCGAUUAGUUUGUGAAAUGUGAGUAACCCCAUGCGUGGUCCCAUAUUGAAGCUCUGUGUUCUCUUCUACCUGGCCUGCUAUUUGUGUCCAUCUUAUUUAAUUUACCUCAUUGUAUGACUUUGUUUUGUAAAAUUAGAUGUGUUCUAUUGAAUCUUGUCAUGUCCGAACCUCAAAGGGUAUUUAUGAGUACCGUACCUCUUCCCUGUAUCGCCGAAGAUUGUAGCUUCGCACAGAAGACGAACGCCAGCUUUUAUCAAAAUGUGUCUAUCUGUAUUCCUAGUAGACAGACCAAUGUACCAAUGUACCAAUGAUCUGUGAUUUCGUAUUUCCGUGUAAUCGAGGUUUGUUUGUGAGAUUUUAUUGAAGGGCCAAGUUCCCUGUCGUGGUAGGAAGUAGCAAAUCUCCCGUAGGUUAGUGUACAAGUGGAAACGUUUGAUUUCUAAUUGACGGGUUGUUUCAUGCGUGA